CAAAUCGUUUUCAGUAUCUAUGUGAAAUUGUAGAUAAAAUGUUAACAGUUUAAAUGUUUUCUUCAAUUUCGGAAAGGAUAGGAGGUGCUAUUGCCAUAUUAGGAAUUAUUUCAGCUGGUCCAGCUGCGUAUUUUUUAUACAAAAAAAAUUACGCAGUUGGUGUACCUUUUGCAGUUGUUUGCCUAUUAUGUUUUGUAAUAGUAUCUUACCUAUAUAAGGAGGGCUCAUUAAAAGGAACGUCUCCUGAAGAUGAUAAUCAUGAAAAUGGAAGACAAAGAGUAUAUUUCUUUUCUCUUCUUUCUCUUCAGUUUAGUAAGCAGGGAAUUAUGAUUAAAUAUUUUUAUUACAUUUCAGAUAAGCAAUGAACAGACUAAUCAAGGAAAUGAUACAUGCGCAGGGCAGAAUCAGCAGCAAAGCUCUACUCCUCCUUACGUCAGAAGAGAACCUCCUAAACCACCUAAUUACAACAGCAAAAGGGAAUCUUGUGAGACCCCUAUAAAUAUCUCGGAUAAUGUAGAGAGUCCCCUUGAACCGACAGCUCCAAUUCCAGAAAGUGAAGAAGAGAAAGCUACUAAUUCAAAUAAACCACCAUAUGAAGCUCCCCCUCCCUACGCUCCAAGUCAUUUAUGAUUUUGCCAUUUCGAUUAAUUGAUCAAACAGUUGAUGAUAAUUUUCGUUGCUUUCCUGUUACUAUAAUCAAUAAAUAACCAGGUCAUUUAAUUAAUAUAAACUACUUUUGGAAUUAAAGUUUAUUAAUACUACGUUACUUUAGGAGUUUUUAAAACUAUUCAUAUCAUAUUUAAUGUAUUCAUCUAUUUGAAACCAGUUUUAUAUUUCCUUCUCUAUUCUCUUACAGAAUCUUUUGCUCACUUUAGACGGCGCUAGUAUCUAGUCAAUUACAUUUUCAUGUUGGACUGCAUCAGUUGUAAGUUGGGGAAUAAUUGUUUACAUUAACACUAGAUGGGUUCAAUUUCUGAUAAGAAAGGAGCCCAAUUGUCAGCUAUUACCUCUUUCGUUACCUCUGUCAUCCUAUUCUCUGUCGGAGGUAUCUUAUAUGCAUUUUCUGAAAAGGAAUUAAGCUCAGACGUUGGUCUAGUAAAGGAAAAUUUUACAAAUAAACUUGCCAAUGCUCCCAGCCAAGUAUUACCUAAUGGAAAGCAUACGAAAUGGAGGAAACUAGAGAGUAUCUUGAAGAUUAUAGAAUAUAAUCAGAUAUUAAGAAAAGAAAAAGAGAAAGCUAGAAAGCGUAAGAAAAAACUUAAAGAGAGUUCGAAAAUUAUAUUUAUUAUUGGCUGGGUAAGCAUAGUCGUUUGUCCUGUAUUCGUAUGCUCUGCAAUUUAUUAUCAUAUUAAAGAUAAACGUAAGGAAAUAACAAGAAAUCAAGUAAUUAAUUCAAGUGAGCAAUCCAUUCAAAAUGAUCAAUAUGAAAGCUAUCAUCAUCUAAAUCAAGAUUAUUCACCUCCUCAAAUAUUUGUUGAAGUUCCUAGAUCCGUUCAUUCGAGGAAUGUUAGUCAUUACGAUUAUACCGAACCACCGAGUUAUGAAGAAGUUAUGAAGGGAAAUUAA